AUGUCGUGUGUUCACCUAGAUACCAAACUGGUCAGCACGAUUUCUUUGUUCUUCCUCGGGAUGGAAACUACACCAAGACCAAACUCGGAGAUAAGCAGCAUGAUGGAAAAUAAUAUUGUUAUCAUUGCCGGAGCUGCCGGGGCUGUCGUAGGAUUUGGAUCUACCUCAGAAUCCAUCCUGGAGCAUGGUUCAGCUCGUUUGGUGCUGGAAGACCUGUAG